UCCACUAACAAUUUCUGUAUCCCUUUUCGGACAAUGAGGAAAUAGUAAACUAACCACAAAACGAACGUUUGUGAAAAAUGUUUCUAGUUGGUUUGACUGGGGGAAUUGCGUCAGGAAAGUCAACGUGUUCAAAUUUCUUUAGAGGAGAACGCAUACCAGUUGUCGAUGCUGAUAUUGUAGCAAGAGAAGUGGUUGAGCCUGGGCGCAGGGCCCUGAAAAAGAUUGUGGCCACAUUUGGUCCUGAGGUGUUACACUCCGAUGGAACCUUGAACAGAGAGAAGCUCGGGGGCCUGGUGUUUUCUGAUGAGGCCAAGCGUAAACAGCUCAAUAUGAUCAUGCAUCCAGAAAUUGGCAAAGCCAUGAUGUGGAAACUGCUGUGGUUGUUUCUUUCUGGUCACCAGUUUGUUGUGAUGGACCUCCCACUACUGUUUGAAUCAAAGACAUAUCUACCAUACAUGUCGUAUAUUCUAGUGGUCUCAUGUUCUUCUAAAAAGCAGCUUGAGCGACUUAAAACUCGAAAUAAUUACACAACUGAAGAAGCAGAGAACAGAAUCAAAGCUCAAAUGCCAUUGGCUGAAAAGUGUCUGUUAGCAACUACUGUGCUUGACAAUAAUGGAACAAUUGAAGAACUUCAAAGACAACUGCAUCAAAUCUGUAUUGACCUGAGGAGAAGUAAACGCCACUGGAAACUGCGUCUUGGUCUACUUUCACUAUUCUUAGCUCCAUUGUCAAUACUAACUUACUUUUUGUUGUCAACAAAUUAAUUAAGGUGGGAAAUGGGCAUGCAAUGUAUUAAAGUGCAAAAAUAAAUGUUUUUUUAAUACACAAAAUUACAUUAAUAUGUCCAUUUCAUUGACAAUUCAUAUUUUCAAUCCAUUAAUGUUUAAACAUCUACCAUAAUUAUCCCUUGCCAUAGGCGGAGGGAUUUUGUUUUGGCGUUGUCCGUCCUUCCGGCACUUUUGUGUCCGGAGCCAUAUCUUGGAAGUGCUUUGGCGGAUUGUAUUGAAACUUGGUAUGAGUAUAUAUAUAUGGAUAAGAGGUUCAUGCACGCCAAAUGGCAUUGUACACCAUCUGUUAAUAACAGAGCUAUGGCCCUUUGUAUCUUGAUAAAAUGCUUUUUUUGUGUCUGGCGCCAUAUCUUUGAAGUGCUUUGGCGGAUUUCAUUGAAACUUAGUAUGAGUAUAUAUAUAUGGAUAAGAGGAUGAUGCAUGCCAAAUGGAAUUGUACAGCAUUGGAUAAUAAAGGAGUUAUAGCCCUUUGUAUCUUGCUUUUUUUGUGUGUUCGGAGCCAUAUCUUGGAAGUGCUUGACCGAUUUCAUUCAAACUUGGCAUGAGUAUAUAUAUGGAUAAGAGGAUGUGAUACGUUGGCGUUGUCCAUCCGUCCAGAAAACUUUUGUGUCCAGAAGUAUAUUUGCUGGGGAUAUCAAUUCAAUGAAUUUGCUUGUUCUAUGUUGUAUUUAAUUUAAUUGUUUGUUUUGAUGGCAUUGCAGUGUACAGAUAUUUGGAAUGGUGAAGCAUUGUAUUAGCAGUUACUCAAAGGUAUUUAACACUGUAUAAACUUCAAAUCUUGUUUUUGGGUCAAUUAGGUUUUAUUCUGAUGUGAGAUGGUUGUGAAUUAUGUGCACUUCACAUUUCAUAUCUAAAAUAUGUGCCAAUAAUGAUAAGAAUUUGAAUAAACAACAGUCUAUUUAUGUAAUCAGUGUUAUAACAGAGACAGUGGACACGUUAAAUCCUCACAAUCAUUGUAAAACUCAGCUAUAAACGAGUAAACAAGCUUUGCUCUGAGAUUCUUUAUAACAUAAAACUAUAUGUGACAACUCUCAUACAAGUUUGCCCAUAUGUAUUUGUAAGUGUAUGUCACCUGCAUAAUAAAUGUUCAUAAAUACAUAAAUUGCUUA